UACUUUAAUUUUUUAUUUUUUAUUAAUUGUUCGUAAAUUCGUGACGUAUCACAUGGAAAGUGUACUUUGCUAAGAAUAAGCUGGCAAAAUGUCUUCAUUAUAUCAAACGCAUCGGACUUGAUAAAGAUAUAUUAAAUCCAAUUCAGGCUUAACAAGCCUUCUCCUCUGAUGGCAUCCUUCUUACAACAGCUAAGACUUCUUCUCUGGAAAAAUGGUCUGAGUGUCAUCCGGCAGCCAGCCUGGUCGCUGGCUCUCCUUGUCUGGCCACUUGUGAUCUUUAUUAUCUUGGCGAUCACCCGUUCACAGUUUCCUCCAAAACUCACAGACACAUGCUAUGUGGCACCUAGAAAUCUUCCGAGUGCCGGGUUCUUCCCUUUCCUGCAGACACUCAUGUGUAACACCGACAGUACAUGCACCAACAAAUCCUACCUAACAGAAGGACAGUCCAAAUCGCACUGGUACACGCGUCAUCGCCAACGGAGGGAUGCUGAAUCUCACAGUUUACCAACCCUGCUUCAUGGAUUCCCUCCACUGGCCCAUCUACAGAAGGGAGGACUGGUUCACUCAAUCCUGAAAAGGGAUGCAUCAAAUCAAGAGCUCCUAGAGCUAUGGGACAGGAUGCUCAAUUCCAGCUUUCAAAACAUGCCCAAUGUGACUUCAGUCAUGCACACUUUUAACAACACUGCACUUGUUGAUCAGACAAUGGAGUCAGUUUGGGAAUCUGUGAAUGUCUUGAAAAAAUCAAUUUGCAGCUUCUCCAUGACUGCCAUCAACACAUCAGCCAGUUCACAGAAUCUCUUUACAAAGGGCUCAAUAAACUUCUGCAGCUCCAAUGACACUGUUCUGGAAGCAUCCUUACUCACCCUGAACCAGGUGCUGACAGAAAUGCUGCUCAGUAACCCGACAGAAGUAUUGGGAUCGAUUGGAGGCACUGUGGUGGUCCUAGACAUGCUUCAACAGGAGACGUCAGUGUGGGACUUCCUGCUUGGCCUGCCUGAUCUCUUCUUGAAGCCCAAAGAUCAAGAGAUAUUAAAUGUUGGAGCAGGGGAAUUGGAAAAUCUUAACAAUACCUUGACCUUUCUUCAGAGGACUUUUCCUCAGGCCAACAUCUCUACUGAUGUCACAAACCCAGUCAUCACUAAAGUCAUUGGCUUUCUCAACUACAUGAGUGGUUGGAAAGGGAGAGAUGUGUAUUUCAAAUUGAGUGAUGUCAUGACCCCAAGCAGCAUUGUUCUGUACAGCUCAGAAGUGAAGGACCUUAUCAACCAAAUAAAGAUUCCUCUCGAUCAGAUUCAAGUGCUGUUCAGCGAGGCAAACUUUCGUACCUUUUUAUGCAACCAAAACAUCAACGCCUCCUAUUGUUGGAGUUGGGAAGCGAGCCAGAUAUUUGAAGGGGUAAAUACGUGGAAAGUUGCUGAACAGGUACUGUUGGCUUGGAGUCAGACCUCUGCAUCAGCUGACCUGGCCUUCACUAAAGAGGUGUUCGGCAGCUUCCUGGGCCUAGUGUCUCCAUCGAGCCUGGAUGCUGUUCUCAAACAUAGCAGGUCCCAGCGCAGCAGUGAUGCUCAGCCACAGAGCCUGGCGGAACAAUUGAUCUUUGGAUUAAGCAAUUCAGCAUUUGAUUUUCUACAAGGCAUGCCUGGCUGGGAAUACAUUCAGACUUUUAUGAUGGCUGGCCAUUCAUCAAUGCAGGUGGCAAGAGUUGCAAUUGAAGUCCAGCUACCAUUCAUUGAUGUGGUCCUGAAGGAUGCCAAGUAUGUCCAGGAGGCAUUCCUUUCUCUAAUGCAGAAUGAGACCUUUGCUAAUGCCUGGGCUGACCAUGCCAUGGACUCUACUGUGCAAACCGUGGCCAAGGUUCUAGAGGGUCACACUAGCUGCAAAGACCUUUUUGCUCCCUGGGCUUGGAUGUCAACCUACAGCUCUAUAAACUUUCAGUUGUGGGGCACUCUAGUUUGCGCUGGGAAUGACACACGUCUUGAGGAAAUGCUGUUAACAUCACUUUUGCCAGUAAACGAGAAAGUUCAACAGUUGGUUGGUGUAGUGAAUGGAACUGUAAUGUACAAUGUCACACCCUCAAUACUAAUGGCAGAGUGGCACAGUCUAUACACAAUCUCCCUUCAGUAUGUCACUGCCCUCCAGAAAUUGCAAACUGAGCUUAAUGAGGACUAUUUUGCAGCUUGGAUCCCAGGGAACAUUUCAAUUGGAUUAUCCCAGGUUCUGUUGACCAGCGUUACUGGCAUAUUUGAGAACAUGGGUUCUCCACUAGAGAACAGCUCUCUGUGGCCCUCCAUAGAACCAUAUUUCCAUAUGGCUUAUUGGAUUUUGACCUACCAACCUAAUGCCACUGCAUCACCAAACUGCACUCUUACCCCCACUGCCUUCACCUGUCAGACAGGCUUUACCUGGGAAACAGCUGUUCCUUUGAUUCAUUCUAUGAUCUCUAAAGUGUCAAGAGAACCUGCCAGCCUGUUAAGACCUCUCCAGGGGACAGUGGCUCUCCUCCAAAACAGUUACUUUGCACUUUUGCAGCAAGUCAUUGCCAAUGGCCUUCCUGGUCAGCUACUUGGUAGUGAAAUUUCACUAAAAGACUUGUUGCUGGACCUCAUUAAUACAGUCGAUAAAGAAAUUCAGCUCCUCUCAAACAUUGAUUUCACACAACAGUUUGACACUCAGCUCUUAAACGACAUUAUGGCAGCUCUUGGACUGGGACAGAUAGAGAACCUGUUGUCAGGAGGUUCCCAGACCACCAGCAUGCACCCAGUCAUUAUGGGCAUCCUUCAGGUCUUGAACAAUGGGUCCAUCCAGAUUCUAAACAAAGAGGAGGGUUUUGCAGUUCUUCGAGCAAUUUUGAGCCAACUUGGAGCCAUCUUACCUCCAGAGCAGCAGUAUCAGUUAGAAGCAGGGCUAAAUAAGACUCAUGAUCUCAUUCGAGAUCUAGAGAUCUGUUCAGCUCUUGGCCAGGACUGUGUAGCUGAUAUCCAGAAUGUCUUUGAUAAUCUUGGUGCAAUGCUUACAUUUGGAAAUAAUAUCACCAUGCCAACAACACAUCUUUGGGGUAACAUGACUCUCCCUGUUGCGCUUGAUGUUCUCGCUCUGCUCCUGCCUUGGACCAUGUCCCUGCCAGCAGAAGCCUCAAUGGAAAUUUCCAGGAAGAUUCAAUAUCUUCUUGAGCAUGCUUAUGCAUCUCCUAUUUUCAACAUCAGUCAAAGUCUACAAGCCUCCAAUCUCACCAUUUCUGAAUUAGAACAAGUCAAUUCUGUCUUUCAUUCUAAUUGGUCAGUAUCCAUUCUGGAAACUCUGAAUAUGGCCAUUCAAAUCCCACAGUGUGUGAACACUCAAACCACACAGUCUCCCCAGAAGCCUCCUGUUACUGGACAGGCCGAAUGUGUCCUUCAGCUCAUCCAGACUGCUUCUGGUUUACUUGGAGUAAUACCUGUGGCAAAUAAUGCUCAAAUGACUCUUAAAAACUGGCUUAAUAUCACUGCGGUAGAAUAUCAGAAACUAAAUAACAUGUCCACCUCUGGAUCUGGCCCACUUGCAUUGACAGAAGAGGUGCUGAUAACAACACUGUCAGCCAUCAGACAAAAUCUGCAGGGUCUUGAUGUGGAGAACAUCACUGAUAUUACAAAUGAGCUCAACAUCCUGGAAGACCUCUUGAAAAAUGUGUUCAGAGAACAAUACACAUACCACACCAUUAAUUCGACAUUGAUGGAGCAGGGGCAGUAUGCACAGAAGGUGUAUGGAGAAAUCACACUGUGGUAUUUAAACAAGCUUGGAAAUUACACCAGUGGCAGUAUGUUUGCAGAGAUUCUCCAUCAACUGAAACAGAUGACUGAAAUGCAGGUGGCACUUAUCAAUGCAAAAGCAGAUAUGGUGACGCUAACAAUGAAUAAGAUCCAGAACUUGAACCAUGUGAGGCUUCCUCUGGAAGGUGAAGAUCUUGUACAGGUUGGCAGUACAAUCAUGACCUUGCUGCAGGGUGAGAUGGCAUUGAUUAAAGGAAAUCUUGAGAUCCAGCAGACAUACUACAAUUCUCUAGGCUCCCAAAUGAACAUUAGUAUUCCUGCUGAAAUUGAAGGUCAGAUCAUGACCUACCUCAGCUUGACAAGGGAGUGGAUCACAAACCCACAAGUGAUGACGGCACUUGCUAGAAUUUUCCAGUGGGAAAUUAGCUCUCUAUCUGAUAUCACAACAGCAGGAAAGGAUCUUGAGCUGCUCCUCCAAGCCAUGGCUCCUCUACUCUCCCCUGAGGACAGAGCUUUCAUUGCUGUUGCUGAACAGGUUUCUCAGGCAGUAAACUACACUCUACAGUUGGCUAGCACUGAUGGUGGUCUCCAAAGUGAAAACUUUACAGAAGCUGUCAUUAGCACAGUCAGAGUGGUUCUGGAGAGUAUUUCUAAUGAAACCGGAGCUCUACCUCAGGAUGUGGUUAACAAUAUUCUUGGUGCUUUUAAAAGUUCCCUUCAGCUGAUCCUAAACUCCAAUAUGAGCUAUGCCCAAGCUAUCACCCUCACACAGGAGACUAUUCAGAUGGUAGAUGCAGUGAUUCAUACUCUUUUACCAGCCGAGGCAGUUGUGGUGCUGGUUCCCAUUAAAAACAGCAUUUUAUCCUAUCUGAAUAACAUCUCCCAGCCUGCUGGAUUUGAUCAGUGGAAUGAACUCAUUAUGAAUGUGUUAACAGAGCUUCAGAAUUCCCUUCCAUCUAACAACACGGCUCAGCCCAUCAUAUCAAUGAUAAUCAAGGUCACAGAAAACAUUCUGAGCUCAAAUGAAGGCAACUUGACGAAGGACUGGAUCAUUAACCAACAUCUGACAAUUGCACUUGACAAAAUCUUCCAGGGGAAUGUUAGCUCUGUAGAUCUUGCAGGAGCUGGGGUGAAUCUUGAACAACUUUUGCAAGCCAUGGCUCCUCUACUCUCACCUGAGGACAGAGCCUUCCUGGAUGUCGCUGAGCAGGUGUCUCAGGCACUAACCUAUGCCUUACAAGUGGCUAGCACUGAUGGUGGUCUCCAAAGUGAAAACUUUACAGAAGCUGUCAUUAGCACAGUCAGAGUGGUUCUGGAGAGUAUUUCUAAUAAAACCAGAGCUCUACCUCAGGAUGUGGUUAACAAUAUUCUUGGUGCUUUCAGCGGUUCCCUUCAGCUGAUCCUAAACUCCAAUAUGAGCUAUGCCCAAGCUAGCACCCUCACACAGGGGACUAUCCAGAUGGUAGAUGCAGUGAUUCAUACUCUUUUAACAGCAGAUGUAGCUGAGGUGCUGGUUCCCAUUAAAAACAGCAUUUUAUCCUAUCUGAAUAACAUCUCCCAGCCUGCUGGAUUUGAUCAAUGGAAUGAACUCAUUAUGAAUGUGUUAACAGAGCUUCAGAAUUCGCUGCCAUCAAACAACACGGCUCAGCCCAUCAUAUCAAUGAUAAUCAAGGUCACAGAAAACCUUCUGAGCUCAAAUGAAGGCAACUUGACCAGGAACUGGAUCACUAACCAACAUCUGACAAUUGCACUUGACAAAAUCUUCCAGGGGAAUGUUAGCUCUGUUGAUCUUGCAGGAGCUGGGGUGAAUCUUGACCAACUUUUGCAAGCCAUGGCUCCUCUACUCUCCCCUGAGGACAGAGCCUUCCUGGAUGUUGCUGAGCAGGUGUCUCAGGCACUAACUUAUGCAUCACAUGUGGCUAGUACUGAUGGUGGUCUCCAAAGUGAAAACUUUACAGAAGCUGUCAUUAGCACAGUCAGAGUGGUUCUGGAGAGUAUUUCUAAUGAAACCGGAGCUCUACCUCAGGAUGUGGUUAACAAUAUUCUUGGUGCUUUCAAUGGUUCCCUUCAGCUGAUCCUAAACUCCAAUAUGAGCUAUGCCCAAGCUAUCACCCUCACACAGGAGACUGUCCAGAUGGUAGAUUCAAUGAUUCAUUUUCUUUUACCAGCGGAGGUAGCUGAGGUGCUGUUUCCCAUUAAAUACAAUAUGUUAUCCUAUCUGAAUAACAUCUCCCAGCCUGCUGGAUUUGAUCAAUGGAAUGAACUCAUUAUGAAUGUGUUAACGGAGCUUCAGAAUUCUCUUCCAUCUAACAACACGGCUCAGCCCAUCAUAUCAACGAUAAUCAAGGUCACAGAAAACCUUCUGAGCUCAAAUGAAGGCAACUUGACAAAGGACUGGAUCAUUAACCAACAUCUGACAAUUGCACUUGACAAAAUCUUCCAGGGGAAUGUUAGCUCUGUAGAUCUUGCAGGAGCUGGGGUGAAUCUUGAACAACUUUUGCAAGCCAUGGCUCCUCUACUCUCACCUGAGGACAGAGCCUUCCUGGAUGUUGCUGAGCAGGUGUCUCAGGCACUAACCUAUGCCUUACAAGUGGCUAGCACUGAUGGUGGUCUUCAAAGUGAAAACUUUUCAGAAGCUUUAAUUAACACAUUCAGAGUGGUUCUGGAGAGUAUUUCUAAUGAAACCGGAGCUCUACCUCAGGAUGUGGUUAACAAUAUUCUUGACGCUUUCAAUGGUUCCCUUCAGCUGAUCUUACACCCCAAAAUUAGCUAUGCACAAGCUAGGACCCUCACACAGGGAACUAUCCAGAUGGUAGAUGCAGUGAUUCAUACUCUUUUACCAGCGGAGGUAGCUGAGGUGCUGGUUCCCAUUAAAAACAGCAUUUUAUCCUAUCUCAAUAACAUCUCCCAGCCUGCUGGAUUUGAUCAAUGGAAUGAACUCAUUAUGAAUGUGUUAACAGAGCUUCAGAAUUCUCUGCCAUCAAACAACACAGCUCAGCCCAUCAUAUCAACGAUACUCAAGGUCACAGAAAACCUUCUGAGCUCAAAUGAAAGCAACUUGACGAAGGACUGGAUCAUUAACCAACAUCUGACAAUUGCACUUGACAAAAUCUUCCAGGGGAAUGUUAGCUCUGUAGAUCUUGCAGGAGCUGGGGUGAAUCUUGACCAACUUUUGCAAGCCAUGGCUCCUCUACUCUCCCCUGAGGACAGAGCCUUCCUGGAUGUUGCUGAGCAGGUGUCUCAGGCACUAACCUAUGCCUUACAAGUGGCUAGCACUGAUGGUGGUCUCCAAAGUGAAAAUUUUACAGAAGCUGUCAUUAGCACAGUCAGAGUGGUUCUGGAGAGUAUUUCUAAUGAAACUGGAGCUCUACCUCGGGAUGUGAUUAACAAUAUUCUUGGUGCUUUCAACAGUUCCCUUCAGCUUAUCCUAAACUCCAAUAUAAGCUAUGCCCAAGCUAGCACCCUCACACAGGAGACUGUCCAGAUGGUAGAGACAGUGAUUCAUACUCUUUUACCAGCGGAGGCAGUUGUGGUGCUGGUUCCCAUUAAAAACAGCAUUUUAUCCUAUCUGAAUAACAUCUCCCAGCCUGCUGGAUUUGAUCAGUGGAAUGAACUUAUUAUGAAUGUGUUAACAGAGCUUCAGAAUUCUCUGCCAUCUAACAACACGGCUCAGCCCAUCAUAUCAACGAUAAUCAAGGUCACAGAAAACUUUCUGAGCUCAAAUGAAGGCAACUUGACCAGGAACUGGAUCAUUAACCAACAUCUGACAAUUGCACUUGACAAAAUCUUCCAGGGGAAUGUUAGCUCUGUAGAUCUUGCAGGAGCUGGGGUGAAUCUUGAACAACUUUUGCAAGCCAUGGCUCCUCUACUCUCCCCUGAGGACAGAGCCUUCCUGGAUGUUGCUGAGCAGGUGUCUCAGGCACUAACUUAUGCAUCACAUGUGGCUAGCACUGAUGGUGGUCUCCAAAGUGAAAACUUUACAGAAGCUGUCAUUAGCACAGUCAGAGUGGUUCUGGAGAGUAUUUCUAAUGAAACCGGAGCUCUACCUCAGGAUGUGAUUAACAAUAUUCUUGGUGCUUUCAACAGUUCCCUUCAGCUGAUCCUAAACUCCAAUAUGAGCUAUGCCCAAGCUAGCACUCUCACACAGGGGACUAUCCAGAUGGUAGAUGCAGUGAUUCAUACUCUUUUACCAGCCGAGGCAGUUGUGGUGCUGGUUCCCAUUAAAAACAGCAUUUUAUCCUAUCUGAAUAACAUCUCCCAGCCUGCUGGAUUUGAUCAAUGGAAUGAACUCAUUAUGAAUGUGUUAACAGAGCUUCAGAAUUCUCUGCCAUCUAACAACACGGCUCAGCCCAUCAUAUCAAUGAUAAUCAAGGUCACAGAAAACCUUUUGAGCUCAAAUGAAGGCAACUUGACAAAGGACUGGAUCAUUAACCAACAUCUGACAAUUGCACUUGACAAAAUCUUCCAGGGGAAUGUUAGCUCUGUAGAUCUUGCAGGAGCUGGGGUGAAUCUUGAACAACUUUUGCAAGCCAUGGCUCCUCUACUCUCACCUGAGGACAGAGCCUUCCUGGAUGUCGCUGAGCAGGUGUCUCAGGCACUAACCUAUGCCUUACAAGUGGCUAGCACUGAUGGUGGUCUUCAAAGUGAAAACUUUACAGAAGCUUUAAUUAACACAUUCAGAGUGGUUCUGGAGAGUAUUUCUAAUGAAACCGGAGCUCUACCUCAGGAUGUGGUUAACAAUAUUCUUGACGCUUUCAAUGGUUCCCUUCAGCUGAUCUUACACCCCAAAAUUAGCUAUGCACAAGCUAGGACCCUCACACAGGGGACUAUCCAGAUGGUAGAUGCAGUGAUUCAUACUCUUUUACCAGCGGAGGUAGCUGAGGUGCUGGUUCCCAUUAAAAACAGCAUUUUAUCCUAUCUCAAUAACAUCUCCCAGCCUGCUGGAUUUGAUCAGUGGAAUGAACUCAUUAUGAAUGUGUUAACGGAGCUUCAGAAUUCUCUUCCAUCUAACAACACGGCUCAGCCCAUCAUAUCAAUGAUAAUCAAGGCCACAGAAAACCUUCUGAGCUCAAAUGAGGGAAACUUGACCAGGAACUGGAUCAUUAACCAACAUCUGACAAUUGCACUUGACAAAAUCUUCCAGGGGAAUGUUAGCUCUGUAGAUCUUGCAGGAGCUGGGGUGAAUCUUGACCAACUUUUGCAAGCCAUGGCUCCUCUACUCUCACCUGAGGACAGAGCCUUCCUGGAUGUUGCUGAGCAGGUGUCUCAGGCACUAACUUAUGCAUCACAUGUGGCUAGCACUGAUGGUGGUCUCCAAAGUGAAAACUUUACAGAAGCUGUCAUUAGCACAUUCAGAGUGGUUCUGGAGAGUAUUUCUAAUGAAACUGGAGCUCUACCUCGGGAUGUGAUUAACAAUAUUCUUGGUGCUUUUAAUGGUUCACUUCAGCUGAUACUUAACCCCAAUAUAUAUUACAUGCAAGCUAACCACCUCACACAGGAGACUGUCCAGAUGCUAGGGGGAGCUAUUCAUGGCCUUUUGCCAGCAGAGGUGGCUGAGGUGUUGGUUCCCAUGAAAAACAGCAUUUUAGCAUAUUUGCAGACCAUCUCCCAAUCUUCUGGACCUAACAAAUUGAAUGAAGUCAUUGUGAAUAUGAUGAGAAAGCUUCAGAAUUCACUGCCAUCAAACAACACAGCUCAGCCCAUCAUAUCUGUGAUUCUUAAGGUCACUGAAUAUCUUCUAAACUCAAAUGAAGAAUAUACAAACAUGUGGCACAACCUAGGAAACUUCAGUCUUGGCAGCCUAAAUGAAAUAACAGAACAGCUUGCAGUCUUUCUGGGCUCUAUGUCACCAUUCAUGAAUGAGUCCGCCCAGACUGUUACAGAAUCUGUAGGCGUUCUGGUCCAGAUCCUUUCAGGGAGUCCUGACCAGCUGACCUUUGACAAGUUGGAGGACAUGUUGGCUGCUUUGUUUUCAACCUUCAAAGGUACUCCUAUGUGGGAUUCAUUGCCGUCUGUCAUUUCCACAAUUCACCAAGCCAUUGUCAACAGUUCUCACAACAUGCAGACACAAACAGAGCUCCUCUAUGUCCUCCAGGAGCCAAUGUCCAACCUCUUGUCUGCCAUUUUUCAUGUUAUGAACACAAGCAAUUUCACUUCUCAGUCCUUUGUUGGUGGAUUGCCACAGGCCCUUGUGUCAACUGCAGAAGCUGCUCUGCAGGCUGGUUUGGGGGGUCAGAGUCUGAACUGCAGCUACAUGCAGCAAAUAUGGCAAGAUGUCAGAGCUGGUGCUGGAAGUGAAGACACUGUUGCUUUGUGGUGUAACAUCAGCCUGCUGCCAGUCAUAGCAGCCUUUGAUAAACCAGCUCCAGACUUUAAUAUGACGGAAAUGGCAAUGAACCCUCUAUGGAUAAACGCCACUGCAGGAAUGAUGGCAGAGUCACUGGAGACUUUCUAUGAAGUGAUCGUGAACAGUACCUUUGCUAGCAAUCACCUUACAGAAGUCCUGUUGCAUUACACAUCAAUGCUAUCCAACCUCUCAGUGCUAGAAAUAACAAACCAGACUGACUGGAAUGUCCAGCUCUUCCAGAUGCAGCUCUACCAAAGCCUCUCCUCAAUACAAAUGGCUCUGGAUCAAAUUAAGAGAGAAGCUCCCUUGAUGACGCCAUACAUCGAGGCAGCUGGAAAAACUAUAGAGGUCAUCCUCCAGAAUUUCUAUCUGCUCCAGAACUCAACUGCAAGCCCUCAGAUCAUCAUGCAGGCUCUGGAGAUCACGCUCACUGGAAUGAAUUUUACAAAGGAAACCAUUAAUUAUAUCCUGAGUGGAGACAUAUUUAUGAACCCAAAUGGAAGCACAGUUGACAGCUUAAUAAAAGAGGUUAUCCAGCAAAUCAUUGGUACGGGAUUACUGGGAGACUGGCCUACCCUUUAUGGAGUAAUGCAGCAAAUUCUGUAUUUGGAAGAUACAAGUGGCACCUUAUGGAAAACUGUUGAAUUUUUCAACUGGCUGUACAAUACUCAAGAAACUGGGCUAAGUUUUGUCUUGGAGAUCCUGCGCAAGUUAUACGAGAUAGUAAGAGAUGCCCUAACCAAGAUGCCACUGCCGUGCUUCUCAGAAACCUUUAUUGACCUUUUUGGGAAUGUUUUGUACAUGCUGAAACAGAUCAAACUAACCAGUGACCUCUUCAACCCUGUGGAACAAUAUCUAAGCCCACUCAAAAUGGAAAUUGCUCGGGGACAGAACCUGCAAGGUCUUGUGUCCAACACAAGAAAUGCCAGAAGAAUUGCUAGGGAAGUACAGAGAGAGCCAGUGGAUGACUUCCUUGAUCUUCUCGACAUUGACUACCAAGCCUUGCUUAAAGUUCUUUCCAUUCCACCCACCUCGACUGAAAUUAUGGAGACUAUCCAUGUUUUCUUUGCAAAUCCAGAUUUGGGUGUCAUCCUGAAGGGUUAUCUGAAAGAAAUGACUGGGGGCACAAGUCAGGAGGAAACCAUUGACACAGCUCUGAAUGUGCUGUCAUACUUGACACUCCCUAGCAAUGGGCAGCAGUUUUUGGAGAUGUUCAUGGACAUCGGUAGUGAAGGAUGGAGAGUGCAGGACCUUGAUAAAGUAGAGAAACUUGCCGAGAGCCUAGGAAGAACAAUUGACAUGGCCAUGGUGCUAUCCGACCAGCCGCCUCUGAACAUUCCUCAAAGAAUCGAGCACAUGGCCCAACAACUUCAAGCUUCAGUGUCAAAUAUCAUCUCACAGGAUGGAAAUAGCACCAACACUGCGAUCCAAUUCCUUACGGCGCUCAACAGCAUCCUUACCGAGAACUUUGAAGAAAGCAAGGACAUCAGCCCUCAGGUCACUGGCAUUCUUCAAAACAUAAUUGGCUCAUUUUCCAGUCCAGGGUCGCAGAUGAGCAUAGAAUCCUAUUUGGCAGCCGUUGAUCAAACUGCAGAAGCCUUCACCCCACUUCUCUCUGGAGAGGUAGCUGUUUAUUUCAACAUAUCUGGACAAAUGAUGCAAGCCUUUGCAUUGCUCGAGGCAUAUCCCGGAGACAUAGAAAAAGUCAUGAUGUCCACCAGCAAGAUUUCUAACUCCCUAAACCGUGUUCUUGCCCUCUUAAAUAUUACAACUCUUCCAAAUGGACAAUAUGUUCAAGAGGUCACCCAUCCCCUCAUCCUUAGCAGUGCUAUGGCCACCCACAUCCUAUUCAACCUCUCCAUGUCAAACUAUAGCCUGAGCAGCAAUGCUGAGAGGGAGAUGCUUUUGACCCAAACCUUCAAUCAGAUGGUUGUCGUUCUCCCCACGGAAACACACAUGUACCUCUUUUCUAUCCAAUCGGCUCUAUUCACUGCCCUCUCGAAAGUAUCCAGCACUGCAGAAAUCACAUCCCAAUUCCCUGAAAUCUCCCAGCUGGUUACACAGUCUCUUCUUAACUCGCUAAACAUUACUCAUGAUCCGACAUCCACGCAUAUGACUCCAGAUGGCCUUGUUUACAUUUUGAUGACCGUGUCCAAUCAAGUGUCUAUGAGUCUCUACAAGGGCCUUAUGUUAUCCGGUUCCCCUGUCCAAAUCUCACAAGCAGUGAACUCUUUAAGUGAGGUUGGAUCUUCCAUAUACUCGAUAAUGCCUGUCGAGGGACAGCCAUACAUCAAUAUCACACUCAACCUAAUGGAGACAAUAUCUUCUGUUCUUAAUGACACAAGCACCUUUGGGGAUGUCAGUGGGGCUGUAUCACAAGUAGUAAGUUCUGUCAACAGCCUUCUGGCCAUGGUGCACCACAUGAACACAAACUCCUCCAGCAGCAUUAUAAGUGACCUAGAGCGGACCCUUAAAACAAUCCUAAUGAUCAUCCAAACAGACCAAAGCCCUCUCACCCAAACAGCUGAUAUUACCCAGCAGCUACUGCACACCAUCCAAAAUUUCAUCUCACUGGGCAAUAGCAGCAGUCUUGAGUCUGAACUCCCCAAAAUGGUGCUGGGGGCUUCUAGCAUGAAUAUCGGCCAUCUGCUGAGGAUCAAUGACACUAACUGGACUGACAAGCUGCCUGUGCUGUUGACAAACCUCGCUAAUAGCCUUCCAGAAGACCUGCAGUAUUCUCCUCUUAUUAAGUCCAUCAUGAGAAGUCUGGCCAACGAAUCCCAAGAAAAUCUGCAUCUUCUACAGCAAGUGCUAAACACCACCUUUGAAUUAGGCUCAACCAACUCAGUGAAUGAAAGUUCGGACAAAAUACUAGACCACUUGUUAACUAAGGUGUGUGCUCUGGAAAACAUGGCCACUGUGCAGCUGAUCACCAGUUUUCUUCCUCUGGGCCCCAGACUGCUAUGCGACACUGUUGUUCCCACAAUCCAGGCUUUCCAUGUGCUAACAACCAACCUGGUGAACCAAAGCACCGACAUCUAUGAUCUGAUUUUCCAGACUUUUGUUGGAGACCCUAGCACCUACAACACUGAAGUGGACUGGACAUCCAUUCUCUCUGAAAUUGUGGGCUUCAACGUCUCAACUCUGAAAACUCUGAAUAUCAAUAUAACAUCUCCGGCUGAAGUGAAAGUUUUUGAGCUGCUGAAAAAUGUCACACUGUUUGUUGAGGAUGUCGAGCGGUAUACCAGCUUUCCCCCUCGCAUUCUUCAGGCCCUAUUAGAUUACCCUCUACCCAGAAACAACAUACAGAUCUUUGCAUGGUUGGCAAACCUUCGCCAGUGCUCAGACCCCUCGUCUUUGCAACUGGACCCUACAGGGCAGGAGAUCUUCAGCACCUUCUGUAAUCUGACACAUGAAUGGUACAGCAUCACGGUUAUCUUUCUUCGUCAUGUGGACACGAAGGCGGCUUUAUUCAGGCUGGUGUUGUCCAAAGAAAUUCAGGAUUUGGUGGGAAUCAUGCUAGAGCUGGUGAAGUUUUUGACGGACAUAAUGCACAAACUGGUUCCUGCCAUUAAUAAACUCCAGGAAUACCUGACAAACAUAGGAGAACUAAACCUGGUGGCCAACCAAGAGUUCCACAGUCUGGUGAGGGGAAAGCGGUCCACCAUGUCCAGCAGGGCCACCUUUAGUACCAUCGCUCGUGCCUUGUGCAAAAACGGCAUCCUGACUCUGUUUGCCAUCGCGAAAGUCCCUAUAGUUACCGAGACUGAUCCUUCCGUCCAGACGGACCACAAGAGAGAAGAGCUGAUUGAGAAGUUCAAAAUCCCUCAAGAUGCUAGUCCCUUUUGUAUGAACCUCUACUUGGAUAUGGUGAACACUACGGGCGGCGCGGUGGCCUGGGCAUUCCUCAAACCCAUGCUGUUGGGACAGGUCCUGUACUCACCAGACACACCAGUGACGAGAGAGAUCAUGACAAAGUCAAAUUCUACACUGCACCAGUUUGGUGAUCUAAAGCUUUAUGCGUCCGAGUGGAUAGAGUCAUCCUCAUAUGUGAUGCAGUCUGCUGACAUCCUGACAAAAACCUUGCCGAUACUUCAGAAUUCUCUGCGCAAUCCCUUUGUCCAAAACUUCAUUCAGACUCAGACCGGCAUUGAUGUUGCACAAAUGAGCUCAACUCUCAGCCAGUUCUCAAACAUGACAGUCCUUUUAGAGAAAAACAAGUUUAUCAUGGAGCAGAUCACCACCCUCUCCAUGCUGAUGUUGAACCUUUCCUCAUGUGUCAACUUCGACCGCUACCGAGCUUUCAACUCCACAGAUGAACUCGACAGGCAGGCAGAGAGACUGGCUCAAAACCGCGAGCUCUACGCCAGCAUUAUUUUCAAACUUCCUGAGGAGACCUCCAGCAGCCUGCCCCCCAACAUCGACUACACCAUUCGAAUGAACAUUGAGAAUGUGAUGCGCACCGACCGUGCAAGGAAUCCCUUCUGGGUGAAAGAUUCCUUCAUUUCGUCAACGAAGAACCAGCGGUACAACCGAGGCUUUGUGUACCUGCAGGAGAGCAUCGAGAGAGCCAUCAUCGAAAUGCAGACGGGUAAAGCUAUGGAUGGGCCCGCGGUCCAGAUGCAGGCGUUCCCUUAUCCCUGCUUCUACAAGGAUGAGUAUCUCAACAGCCUCUCUUUUGCCUUCCCAAUGGCACUCAUGACCUGCUGGGUGCUGUUUGUUGCCCACUUUGUGAAGAAACUCGUCCACGAGAGAGAACUGCGACUGCAUGAGUACAUGAAAAUGAUGGGGGUCAAUCCCAUCAGCCACUUCUUUGCCUGGUUAAUUGAAAGUGCUGUGUUCUUGCUGGUGACCGUCAUCAUCCUCACCAUCAUUUUGAAGGCUGGCGGCAUCCUUCCUCACAGCGAUGGCUUCGUUCUCUUCCUCUACCUUAGUGACUAUGGCUUCAGCGUCCUUGCAAUCAGCUUCCUGGUCAGCUCCUUCUUCGAUAAGACCAACAUCGCCGGGCUGAGCGGCAGCCUUAUCUAUGUCAUCUGUUUCUUCCCCUUCAUCGUGCUGAUCCACUUGGAGGACAAUCUUUCCUUCAGUCUGAAGAGCGCUCUGAGCCUCUUUUCUCCGACAUGCUUCAGUUAUGCCAGCCAGUAUAUCUCCCGCUAUGAAAAACAGGAAGAAGGCAUCCAGUGGAGCAACAUGUAUAUCUCUCCUCUGGCUGGUGACACUUCCUCCUUCGGUUGGCUCUGCUGGCUGCUCCUCAUUGACUCAGUAGUAUAUUUUAUCAUUGGGAUUUACAUCCGCAUGGUCUUCCCAGGAAAGUAUGGCAUUGGUCUUCCGUGGUACUUCCCAGUGACUCGGUCCUUCUGGAAAGAUAUGUUCAGCUGCUGUAGCAGAACACCACAGAAAAUAGGCAGAGGCUUGCUCUUUACCAACAUGAUGCAAGAGCAAAACAGCACUAACAAGGGCAAAGGUAAAAGUAGCUUGGCGGAGAAUGGAGAAGACGAUUUCUCAGGAUUGCCUGUUGGAGUCUCACUGUAUGGCCUGACAAAGACCUACGACAGCCGGCAUGCUGUAGACAACCUGAACCUCUCUUUCUAUGAGGGACAUGUCACCUCUCUGCUGGGUCACAAUGGAGCUGGAAAAACCACCACUAUGUCACUUCUGACUGGGUUGUUUGCACCAACCAGUGGCACCAUCGAGGUGUAUGGGAUGGAUAUGCAGACAUCCAUAGAUGAUGUGCGUAAGGAGAUGGGCGUUUGCAUGCAGUAUGAUGUCCUGUUCGAUCACCUUACCACAAAGGAACAUCUGCUGCUAUAUGCUCAGAUCAAAGCUCCCCACUUGACCAAACAGGAAGUGAAUGAACAAGUGCGAAGAAUCCUAAUGGAGACAGACAUGCAUUCCCACCGGCACAAGCGUGUCGGCACCCUGUCAGGAGGUAUGAAGAGGAAGCUAUCCAUCUCCAUUGCCUUCAUUGGAGGUUCGCGGCUGGUGGUGCUAGAUGAGCCGACCACCGGGGUGGAUCCCUGUUCCCGACGCAGCAUCUGGGACAUUGUCCUUCAGCACAAGCAAGAGCGUACCAUCAUUCUUUCCACCCAUCACCUGGAUGAGGCUGAAGUUCUCAGUGACCGCAUCGCCUUCCUGGAGCGCGGAGGCCUCAAGUGCUGUGGUUCACCCUUCUACCUCAAAGACAAGCUGGCUAAGGGCUACAACCUCACCCUCACAAAGAAGGUUCAGACUCCUGAUUCAAACGAAAAGUUGAACAUUGAAGAACUCAGGGCUUUCAUUCAAUCCUACCUGCCUGACGCUCAGCAGAAGGAGGGAGAGGUGGGCGAUUUGGUCUUCGCCCUCCCACCGUACACCCCCCAGAACGCAGCUGCAUACCACUCUCUGCUCACCGGUCUGGAUCAGAACCUGGACAAGCUUCAGCUCGGCUGCUAUGGCAUUUCUGACACCACUCUGGAAGAGGUGUUCUUGCAGUUGACUCGAGACAACAUGGAGCCUACAGAAAGUGAAACCUGGUCUGUAUCGGAGUCUGUGAUUGCGAAUGACAUGUUUGCGUCAAGAGACAGCAUUCCUGAUGAUCUCAACAACACGUACCUCGGAGACAAAGCCAGCCUCACUGGGACCUCAAACGUGCGUGGGCUUGCUUUGACUGCACAGCGGGUUAAGGCUAUGUUGCUGAAACGCGUGCACCACUCCAGGAGGGACUGGAAGGGUCUGUUCUCCCAGGUGCUGUUGCCUGUACUCUUUGUAAUUGCUGCCAUGGGCCUGGGCUCCAUCAAGAGCGAUCUUCAGCACUUUCCUAAGAUUGUGCUCUCUCCUGCACUGUACCACAUUGAUGAUCAGUAUACCUUCUUCAGCAAUCAGAAUCCCGCUGCCAGUGGUCUUGUAGAUUCCAUGAUGUCCUAUCCAGGCGUUGACCACGUCUGCGUCAGAGACCCCACAGAUUCGGUUUGCAAAGAGAGACCUACUGUAGGAAGUGAGACAUGGAUCUCCAGAGGCAACAGCUCUGCAACAUUUACCACCUGCAAGUGUAGCAACCAAGUGCAGUCAUGUCCUGCAUUAGUUUACGACCCACCUCACAAAAGAAAUCCAUCAUCCCAGAUUGUCUACAACCUGACAGGCAUCAACACAGAGGACUACCUGCUGGUCACUGCCAAUGACUUCAUCAGAAACAGAUAUGGAGGCUGGGACUUUGGAAAGUCUCUUCCCAUUGAUCUUAAGAUGGACAUGUUAGAUGUGCCAGAGAACAGAACCCUUAGUAAGGUUUGGUAUAAUCCAGAAGGUCACCACACCAUGCCUGCCUACCUCAACAGCCUUAACAACUUUAUCCUGAGAUCCAGCUUGCCACCAGAGAAACGACAAAAAUAUACCAUCUCCAUAUCCAGCCACCCUUACCCUGGCCAAGUGCAAGACGAGGAUGUCAUGGUGGGUGGUUUGGUCAGCAUCCUGGUUGCGCUCUGUGUCCUCACUGGAUACUCUAUCAUGACUGCCAGCUUUGUCAUCUAUGAGGUUCACGAACAUCACACAGGCUCCAAGAGACUCCAGCAGAUCUCUGGCAUCAGCGAACCUUUUUACUGGAUCAUCAACUUCUUCUAUGAUAUGACUCUUUACAUGAUUCCCGUGGUCCUCUCGGUGGCGAUGAUAGCAGCGUUCCAGCUCCCAGCGUUCACAGAAAGGCAGAACCUCGGCGCGGUCACACUUCUGCUGGUGCUAUUUGGCUUCUCCACCUUCCCUUGGAUGUACCUUCUGUCUGCGGUAUUUAAGGAUACAGAGAUGGCCUUCAUCGGUUAUGUUUGCAUCAAUCUCUUCAUCAGUGUCAACACCAUCAUCUCCACUUCCAUUCUCUACUUCCUGGGUCAGCUCAACCAGAAUGACCAGAGCAUCCAGGAUGUGUACCGUACCAUGAGCAACAUAUUCCUAGUUUUCCCUCAGUUCAGCUUUGGCAAUGGUUUGAUGGAAUUGGCACGGGUUGACAUGCAGGUGCAGAUCUUGAGCGCUUUUGGAGUGGACGCCUACAAGAACCCCUUCAACUUGGACGUUCUGGGCUGGAUGUUCAUCUCCAUGUUCCUGCAGGGUGUCAUCUGCUUCACGCUUCGCCUGCUACUUAACAAGACGCUCCUGCGCAAAGUCAGAUGCUGGAAGAAGAACGUUUUUCAGAGCUAUAGCCCCAAUGAGGAUGAAGAUGUUCUGGCUGAACGUUUGCGUGUGGACCGGGGGGAUGCUAGUGCCGAUAUUCUGCAGGUCAAUCGUCUGACUAAGGUGUACCAAAGCCUGAACAAGAGGGUACAGGCGGUGAAGAGUCUGUCAGUGGGCAUCCCAGCUGGCGAGUGCUUUGGAUUGCUGGGAGUCAAUGGUGCAGGAAAGACGACUACCUUCAAGAUGCUGACAGGAGACGUUAGCCCCACCGAUGGAUCAGCCAAGAUCCGUGACAUUGACGGGAGAAUGGUUGACAUCAUAGACUGCAGGAGAGAGGGCAUUAACAUUGGUUACUGCCCUCAGGUGGAUGCACUGGAUGACCUCCUGACUGGAGAAGAGCAUCUCUAUUUUUACGCCCGCAUCAGGGGCAUCUCCAAGAGGGAGAUUGACCGGGUUGUGAACUAUCUGUUGAAAAAGUUGGAGCUGGAUUACCACAGACACAACACAAGUGAGAGCUACAGUUGUGGAACACGCCGGAAGCUGUCGACAGCCUUGGCCCUGAUCGGAAACCCUCAGAUCCUUCUCCUGGAUGAACCCAGCUCUGGAAUGGACCCACGUUCCAAACGUCAUCUUUGGAAGAUCAUCUCUGAGCAAGUGAUGGGCAAAUGUGCUGUGGUCCUGACAUCACACAGCAUGGAGGAGUGUGAGGCCCUUUGCACCCGUCUGGCUAUAAUGGUAAAAGGACAGUUCAGAUGUCUCGGCUCCCUACAGCACAUCAAGAACAGGUUUGGGAAAGGAUUCACAGUUAAGAUGUACUUAGCUGGAGCCUCCUGUGAUGUAGAUAUGAUCAGUAACUUCAUGCAGCAGAAUUUCCCCAGCACGUUCCUGAAGGAUCAUCACUCAAAUAUGGUGGAGUACCAUGUACCUGUUGCUCCUGGUGGUGUGGCUUCAAUCUUUGGUCUGUUAGAGUCCAAUAAAGCUGUACUGCAAAUCAAACACUUCUCAGUCAGCCAGACUACUCUGGAUGAGGUUUUCAUUAACUUUGCCAUGGCGAAGACGGACACAGACGAACAGGAAGCCACUGAAGGAACGGACAUUGACAGUCUAGACUCGUACAAUGCUUUGGACCGAUGAAAUAUUUGCACAUUAUACCAUUCAAUGAACCUCAGAAAAAAUACAUUAAUUUAAUAUGUAAGAAAUCUUUUAUAGGCUAUAUCAUAUUUUAGUGUUGUGAUUUUUAUGAAAGUCAAAAAGUAUCUAUUUUGCCUUGAAUAAUGAAGUGGCCAAAUACAUUAUGGAUAAUCAUUGAGGAUUUAUAUGAAUAUUAUGAGUUAUAGGCUGAUAUGCUGAAAGUCUGCAUUAGUUUACAUAGUAUGAUGCAAUUCAUUAGUCUUUAAUUUGUGAAGUACACUGCUGCUUUCAAAGAAAAUGAAAUCAUUUAUUUACUAAAUUGUUUGAAAUUUUAUUAGCUCUACCAGAUAUAUAUAUAUAUCAUGUAUCAAAAGAUAAAUAAUUCACAUAAACAACCAACAAUGUGUUACUCAACGGAGAAUUAAAUAUGCAUGCAGAGUGAAGAGUCCAUCCUCUUAAAUUGCUGGCUGCAUCGAUGCAGCUCCUUUCUUGGGUUGAUAUAAAUCACAAAGACCUUUUUGGCUUCAAGGUAUAACUGAUUCCUCAAUGUCUGCACAUCUUCAAUCUCAUUAAUAUUUUCUCUGAAGGCACAUCUCUUGUGCAAGAAUGUACUAAAUAUUUCAUUGGCCUUUUCCUCUGUCUGCUUCAAGGCAAGGUUCCUCUUUUAAAAUUGUACCAAGCUUAUUUUUACAUUAAAGCUAUUUUUC